GGCCUGUGCCGCGCGGCCACGCCCCCGUUGCCAGGGAGACGGAACACACAGGACGCGCGGCGCUUCACCAGGGAGCCGGCGAGGGCACAGAGGGCCAGUGGGUGCUGCCAGCCGCCCCCGCCCGCCGCGAGCUCUUCAGGCGUAGCGUGUGACUGGGUGCCGAGGAUGGACGCGCAGUGGGCCCGCCCGUGACCUGUGACCUGUGACCUGCCUGCCCGAGCCUCGAGGCCGUGGAUGCCGCCUCGCCUGCCGCCUGUGUAGCCGCGGGGCAGCGGGAGCAGCGGGAGCGGCCGGCGCGGGAUGAACCGCUACACCACCAUGCGGCAGCUGGGCGACGGCACGUACGGGAGCGUGCUGAUGGGCCAGAGCAAGGAGUCGGGGGAGCUGGUGGCCAUCAAGAGGAUGAAGAGAAAGUUCUACUCCUGGGAUGAGUGUAUGAAUCUGAGAGAAGUGAAGUCUCUGAAGAAACUGAAUCAUGCCAAUGUGAUUAAGCUGAAGGAAGUUAUCCGAGAAAACGACCAUCUCUACUUCAUAUUUGAGUACAUGAAGGAGAACCUCUAUCAGCUGAUGAAAGACAGGAACAAGCUGUUCCCCGAGUCGGUGAUCAGGAACAUCAUGUACCAGAUCCUGCAGGGGCUGGCCUUCAUCCACAAGCACGGGUUUUUCCACAGGGACAUGAAGCCGGAAAACUUGCUGUGCAUGGGGCCAGAGCUGGUGAAAAUCGCCGAUUUUGGACUCGCCAGGGAACUCCGGUCGCAGCCGCCGUACACGGAUUACGUGUCCACCAGAUGGUACCGCGCGCCCGAGGUGCUGCUGCGCUCCUCGGCCUACAGCUCCCCCAUCGACGUGUGGGCCGUGGGCAGCAUCAUGGCCGAGCUCUACACCUUCCGGCCGCUCUUCCCGGGCACCAGCGAGGUCGACGAGAUCUUCAAGAUUUGCCAGGUCCUAGGGACCCCCCGCAAAAGCGACUGGCCGGAGGGGUACCAGCUGGCGUCCUUGAUGAACUUCCGCUUCCCUCAGUGUGUCCCGAUCAACCUGAAAACCCUCAUUCCCAACGCCAGCAACGAGGCCAUCCGGCUCAUGACGGAGAUGCUGAACUGGGACCCGAAGAAGCGGCCGACCGCCAGCCAGGCACUGAAGCACCCCUAUUUCCAAGUGGGCCAAGUGCUGGGCUCUGCCGCGCACCAUCUCGAGUCGAAACAGCCGGUGAGCAAGUCGGGGCACGCGCCAGGACCCAAGCCUCUGCCCGGGGCCAGGGACCCCGCGGCGGGGCCGCUGCAGGCCAGGCAGGAGCCCCUGCCCCUGCAGCCCGCCCACCUGCCGCCCCGCGGGCCCAGCCAGGCCGCGCCCAAGCCCCACGCAUCACAGAAGCCGCCGUCGCCGCCACUGUUCCCGCACAUCGUCACGCAGGGGCCCGAGAAGCCGACCGUCACCCAGGGCCACAAAGGCGCCCGGCGGCGGUGGGGCCAGGCCGUGUUCCGGUCCGGGGACAGCUGGGACGGCCUGGAGGACGCCGACUGGGGCGCCUCCCACUCCAAGAAGCCCAGCCUGGGCGCGGGCGCGGAGCCGCGGAGGAGAGACUCGCCCUUCCGGCUUCCAGAGUCGGUCCCCACGGGCAGCACCGUCCACCCGAGGGACAGCAGGGACGUGCCCACUGCCGGGCUACUGCAGGUGGACCCCGAGCCGGCCGCGGCCCCCACGGUCUCCACGGCCAAGCAGUACUACCUGAAGCAGUCGCGGUACCUUCCGGGUGUGAACCCCAAGAACGUGGCCCUGCUGACCAGCGGGAAGGACGUGCCCCCGGGCCCCUGGAGGAGCCGGCUGUUCCCGGAGUCGCUGGCGCCCAUCCGGGCCGAGCUGGCUCUCCGCAGGAGCGACGCAGGACACCUGAGCGGCCGUGCCCCUUUCAGCCAGGCAGGACGCGUCCCUCCCUUCCUCAAGAAAGCCGUGGGCUCGGCUGGCCAGAGGAUGCACUUGGCACCGCCCAGCGCGACGGUGCCAGGUCUCCACACAGAUGGUGAGAGGAGAAAAGAAUACACCUGGGGCACCCAGCCUGGCCGCGCCUUCUCGGGACCCACCUGCCACCCGCCGGGCCAGAACCUGAGCCUCAUAGCCCGCGCCCCGCCCGUGUCCUCGGUGCACGGCAGGACGGACUGGAUGGCCAAGUACGGCGGCCACCGCUAGGAGCCGGCCGCGAGCGCCCACACACGGCUACUUCUGCCCGCGCCGGGGGCAGCCAGGCCGCGGCUGCGGGACGCGCCCAGGGCCGGCCCGUCUCCUCCUCCCCCAGACGCGCGGCCCCCCGCGAGGCCCGGCCGCAGCGCGGACCCCCGGGCCGGACUCGACAAAGUGUUCAAUAAACUCGUUGCCAAAGUACCAAGUAUUGGAUCCACAGAUCAGUCGGCCCCGGGCACAACGGCCUCGCAGCUGCCCCUGGAGGCGCGUGGGGGUGUCGCGCCCUGCGCGGGGGGGGGGGGCCCUGCGGGGGCCGCUGCCGGGCCGGGCCCGCUGGAAGCACCAGGGGCGCCCGGGUUGGUCCCCGCUAGGGUGCCACCCCCUGGCCAAGGCAGAGAGACCUAAAGGACCGUCUGCUUCCCCCACUCCAGGCCCCUUUCUCACAGCUGUGUCUCCUCCUGGCCUCGGGGGCUCCGCAGGGGCACCUGCCCUGGGCACCCCUGCGGCCCUGGGAACUCAGGGAGGUGCUGCCUCCGGCCGUGCCCUGGACUCCGGCGACAGUGCUCUGCGUUCACAGACGGGCCCGAGAGGUGCCGCGGACACUGCCCGUUCCGGCCUUUCUCUUCCUCUCCCGCCAAAGCAGGCGUCUGAGUUAGACCGCUGGCACCUAGGAGGACGCGCCCGCACCUGCGGCCAGGGCGGGCCACGGCGAGGGACAUGCCUUUAGAGAGCAAAGUGACCGCCGGGUGAUACUCUGCUUUCAUUGCUUUUAUUAUUCAUUCAUUACUGUCACACGCACUAUGCUGCUGGGGUCCCGGGGCCUCGUGAAACAACAGUGGGACCCCAUUUCUGUACAGGAACUCAGCUCACCUUAGGAAAGAUGUUGAACUCUAAACAGGGGAGGGGGUGGCAAGGGCUCUGUGUACGCAGACGUUUGUACGGGGUUAGGGUCGUAAAGCUAAACAUUUCCGUGGCUGUAACUCCUGAAUAGAUACUGUAUCGCUGUGGUUAACUGUGGUUUCUUCACAUUCUCCAACCUCGUACAAGCCCUCGGGGCCCGUCGGAAGUGCUAGUCUUGGUGGGCCGUUUUCUAGCGAUUUUGGGUUUAUGGAAACACCGACUGCAAAUUUAAGAGUCCUUGGGGCUGGAGCCAUAGCACAGCGGGGAGGGCAUUUGCCCUUGAACGCGGCCGACCUGGGUUCGAUUCCCAGCAUCCCAUAGGGUCCCCUGAGCACCGCCAGGGGUAAUUCCUGAGUGCAGAGCCAGGAGUAACCCCUGUGUAUCGCCGGGUGUGACCCAAAAAGCAAAAAAAAAAAAAAAAAAAAAACAAGAGCCCUCUCUCCACGCCGCGUUUCCACCAACACUAGUACGGGGCAUUUUUCAUGACCGUGUCGGGACUAACAGGACUCGGCCGCUGGCACUUUGGGUCUGUCCACAGGAGGCUGCCCCUGCCCGGCCCUGGCACCCCUGCCUACCCGCCCCCGGCCCCGUCCUCCUGCUGGUCACACGGCAAGCCCGGCCCGGUCCAUCCGGGCGGCCUCACUGCUAAGCCACGGGCAGUGUCCAGGCUUUGCAUGCGAGGGGAAGGUCUCGGUGCUCCCCGAGCACUGUGGGAGGGAGCCUGAGCACAGCUCAGAGGGAGCAUGGUGGGUGGGGCUAAAGGCCACCGAGCGGGAGGAGGGCCGGGCUAGCAGUGGCGGUGGCCCUGCGGCCAGGAGGACAGAGAGGGCCAGGGAUCGGCCUCAGAGGGACAUUUCGGUCUGUCCGGGAGUCGGUGGACAGGGCAGCCUGUGCGCAGCCGUGGUGUCCAGCGCUGGCCGGCCUGGGGAGGGCCAGGAGAGACGACACCGGUUCUGAGAAUGUGGGGUCUGGGGAAGACCCCCACGGACACACAUCUAGGAUUCCGCGUGCCGGAGUCGGGAGCCAGCCGUGGUGCCGCGGGCAGGGGCGGGUGUGGACAGGGCACGGGGCGGGGGCUGCUUCCCGGAGAACCCGGGGCCUAGGAGAGGGGAAUGAGGGGGCGGCCGGGGCUGGAAGAACAAUGAGGUAAAGCACAAAGGAAAGGAGGGAGAUGAGCUUCAGGGGAUCAGGGAUGCUCGCAAGAGCACUGUGAGCUUCUGGCGGGGGUCAGGGGCGGUUCACCGAUGAAGGCUAACGCGUGCGGCGAAUAACCGACAGGCCCCGGCGGCCUCCCCAGCCCGAGUCUUAGGUUCCGUUUGUCCCUUCCCUGCUCCCUUGCUGAGCGCCCGAGUGAGCUUCCCUCUCUCCGCGUGCCGAGUCUCGUGUGUUCUCUCUCUCCUUUGUCCCCGAGACUCGCACUUCCCUCUCGACUUCUCGGACCCAACACUUUCUCGGCACUAUGUUGUUUUGGCAAGUGUCUGUAAAUUUUUUUUUUUUUGGCUUUGGGGCGACACUCAUUGGUGCUCAGGGCUGUGCUCAGGGCUGACUCUGGCCCCUGGGUCCUUCCUCCACACCAUAAGGGCCCCUCAGACGGCGCGGGAGGCCCCCGGCACGGGCAAAUGUGUCCAAUCCUCCAAGUUACCAGGUCAUAGAUCACCAGAAAAACAAACAAAAGUGCCCCUUCUUCAUUUGCUGAAGACAAAACGUGUGGUAAACCCACGCGGCAAAGGCAGGGCUGCCGACGGGUGUAACCGUGUCUACUGGGCCCAGCUUCAGGAAGCCUGGAGUCCACUCGCACUUGUCACUGAGAUUUCAACUGUGAUGUCCCUGGAACAGUGAGAUUUGUGGUAGCCAGAGACUCGGAAAUAAGUCACCUUCGCAUCAGCACAAGGUCAACGGGCAGAAACACCGUUCCAGGGUCAGCAGGUCCGUGUCCAGAUAAGGAAGGGUCUCCUGUCUGAGAGAACCAUUGUUGUUGUUUUUUUCCUAAUUGAGUCACUGUGAACUAUAAAGUGACAAAGAUAUUUCUGAGCGAGCCGCAGGCGUGUAGAGUUCCAGCUCCACCCGAACCCUUCCCCAGGGAGCAGGUCUUCAGUGUUAGAGACCCGCCGAGAUCAUGUGGGAACAAGCGACAGUCUG